UCCUGUUACGUCACAGCGUCGGGCCUCCAUUAGAGCUGCAGCUGUUUUCAGAGAAACAACAACAAAACGGUCAGACUGACGGAGCUCCGCCGUGACAGUCCGCUCCAAACCUGGAAACGCAACCUUCAUUUCCCACCCGGAGCUCCGCCGGCUUCUAACCACGGCCGCUCUCGGUGAGGAAACUCUGGCCUCCGCUUCCUCCUCCUCCGACUCGGACACCGGCGGAGCGUCGCCGCCCCCGCGGAAGAAGCACCGAGCCUCGGCGGCGGAGGGAGCAGGAGAGCCCGGGGCUUCAGCAGUCGUAACAGGCCUGUCCGGAGUUGUCCUAGGACUUGCUACUCACUCUCAAGCCACUUCAGCCAUCCACUUUAACCGAAGCGUCGUCAACAACCUCAGCGGCAGCAUGCAGGCAAACGGGGCAGGACAGGGACAGGAAUCCUCGGAGCUCUCCUGCCUGAACAGCGCACAAAACGGGGAGUCAUCUUCGGCCGGGGGGACCCACUCCAACGGGCUGCUCUCCAGUACGGACAACGGUAACAGUGUCGGUACCAGCAACGGCUCUUCAAUCGGGACUUCCUCAGCCGCCUCCACGGCCUCGGGCUCGGAGGUGGGCUCGCUGAAGAAGAAGAAGCGGCUAUCGCAGGCGGAGGAGGAUGUCAUACGAUUAAUAGGACAACAUCUCCACGGACUGGGACUCAAUCAGACGGUGGAUCUGCUGAUGCAGGAAUCGGGCUGCCGGCUGGAACAUCCUUCGGCCACCAAGUUCCGAAACCAUGUCAUGGAAGGAGAAUGGGACAAGGCUGAGAAUGAUCUCAACGAGCUGAGAGCACUGAUGCAUUCUCCCAACGCUAUUGUGCGUAUGAAGUUCCUGCUGCUGCAGCAGAAGUACCUGGAGUACCUGGAGGACGGCAAAGUCCUGGAGGCUCUGCAGGUCCUCCGGGGAGAGCUGACGCCGCUCAAGUACAACACGGAUCGCAUCCACGUCCUCAGCGGGUACCUCAUGUGCAGCCACGCCGAGGACCUUCGAGCCAAGGCCGAGUGGGAAGGGAAGGGCACCGCCUCACGCUGCCGGCUGCUGGACAAACUACAGACCUACCUGCCGCCCUCCGUGAUGCUGCCGCCUCGCCGGCUGCACACUCUGCUGCGACAGGCGGUGGAGCUGCAGAGGGACCGCUGCCUUUAUCACAACACCAAGCUGGACAGUAACCUGGACUCGGUGUCCCUCCUGCUCGACCACGUCUGCAGCAGGAAGCAGUUCCCGUGUUACACCCAGCAGAUCCUCACGGAACAUUGUAAUGAGGUGUGGUUCUGCAAGUUCUCCAACGACGGCACCAAACUGGCCACCGGCUCCAAAGACACUACGGUCAUAAUCUGGCAAGUGGACCCGGAGAGCCACCAGGUGAAGUUGCUGAGAACCCUGGAGGGUCACGCCUACGGAGUCUCCUACCUGGCCUGGAGCCCCGACGACACCUACCUGAUUGCCUGUGGACCCGACGACUGCUCCGAGCUCUGGCUCUGGAACGUCCAGACGGGGGAGCUGCGCACCAAGAUGUCCCAGUCCCACGAAGACAGUCUGACCAGCGUAGCCUGGAACCCCGACGGCAAACGCUUCGUCACCGGAGGACAGAGAGGACAGUUUUAUCAGUGUGACCUGGACGGUAACUUGUUAGACUCCUGGGAGGGCGUCAGAGUUCAGUGUCUCUGGUGUCUGAGCGACGGACGGACAGUUCUGGCCUCAGACACCCACCAGCGCAUCCGAGGAUACAACUUCGAGGACCUAACGGACAGAAACAUAGUUCAGGAGGACCACCCUAUCAUGUCUUUUACUGUUUCAAAGAACGGAAGAUUAGCUUUGUUAAAUGUAGCAACUCAGGGAGUGCACCUGUGGGACCUUCAGGACCGGGUGCUGGUCAGGAAGUACCAGGGUGUGACCCAGGGCUUCUACACCAUCCACUCCUGCUUCGGAGGACACAACGAAGACUUCAUCGCCAGUGGCAGCGAAGACCACAAAGUAUACAUCUGGCACCGGCGUGGAGAGCUUCCCAUCGCUGAGCUCACCGGACACACUCGCACCGUGAACUGUGUGAGCUGGAACCCGGCCAUCCCGGGCCUCAUGGCCUCGGCCUCCGAUGACGGCACCGUCCGGGUCUGGGGUCCGGCACCGUUCCUCGACUCGCAGGAGGCCGACGGACUCAACGAAAACUGCAGUAACAUGGACAGUUGAUGGUCGCUCUCGGAGCCGAUGACGUCUCUCUUUAACAACCCAACAAUCCUACAAUAAGACGAAAACUCCAACUAAACCGGACACCAAGCCAAGCGAAGAAUCUCCAUCCGAAGCCACAAAAAAGAGAAAACCACGAGCGAGAAGAUUUCUGUCGGAGGCGACGACGACAACGACGGACUCUGAAAAAUUCACGUCCUCGAACCCGACGGCCCGGAGAACCUCUGAGGCCAGCGGGAACCUCCGCUGGCCGGCCAGCUGCGACUCUUCCAACCGAACCCUUCGUCCUCCAUCCGGCUGCUGGGUGGACAGACGUCUCCUGAUUGGACCACACCUGUCUGCUGCUGGACUCACCUGUAAAGAGUCUCCAUGGACCGGGGCGGGGUGUUGGGGGACGAUAGAGCAGCUCUUCUGUAUGUAUGUUUCCCUCUGUCACCCCUCUUUCUCGCUAGAUUCCCUUUGUUUUUGGAUAAAAAAGGCUGAAAAUCCUCCGUUAAAAACAAACAAAACAAACACUGACCGACCAGCUGACAGAGAGAGAAAAAGAAAACAAAAAACGAGGCUAUGCUAAAUGUUUUUUAGCUUCAUUUAGCUCCAGUAGCGGCCGUGGAAAGCGUUGGCGUGAAGAUUCCACUUUGUUUUUUUUCUCAGCAUUUAGAGACGGAAAAAAAAACCAAACGUUUUACUCCUUAAUUUAAACGAGGAGAAAUUGCCGUAAUGAGGCCCCGCCCCCUUCCUCUGACGUCAAACUAGCUAGCUAGCUAACCGCACAACUCCAUCACAUCUGAGGACGACCGGGGAUCCACAUACCAGCCGGAGGUUCUUCUGUUUUGUUUUUUUCCCCGCUUCCUCUAAAGACGCUUGGAAGAGUUCACGUGCGACUUAAACGUGCACGCCAAUGACUGCUACAAAAAGUGAGGCUACGCUAAAUGUUUUUUAGUUCCAUUUAGCUUGAGUAGCGGCCGUGGAAAGCUCUAGUGUUGUUUUUUCUCGGCAUUUAGAGAAGGAAAAAAAAUUUUACUCCUUAAUUUAAAUGAGGACGAGUUGACGUAACGAGGCCCCGCCCUGUCCUCUGAGCUCGCUAGCUAGCUAGCUAACCACACAACUCCAUCACAUCUGAGGACGACGGGAGGAUCAACAUGCCAGCUGGAGGUUUUAUUUUUCCCCCACUUCCUCUAAAGACGCUUUCAGACGUGGAAGAGUUCAAGUGCGGCUUAAACGUACACGCCGGUGACUGCUGCAUAAAACGAGGCUAUGCUAAAUGUUUUUUAGCUUCAUUUAGCUCCUGUAGCGGCCGUGGAAAGCGAUAGCGUGAAGAUUCCACUUUGUUUUUUCUCAGAAUUGGAGACGGAAAAAAAACUUUUUACUUCUUAAUUUAAUCGAGGAACAGUUGCCGUAACGAGACCCCGCCCCCUUCCUAUGAGCUAGCUAGCUAGCUAACUGCACAACUCCAUCGCAUCUGAGGACGACCGGGGAUCCACAUAUCAGCCAGAAGUUUGGUUUUUUUUCCUGCUUCCUCUAAAGACGCUUGGAAGAGUUCAAGUGCGACCUAAUGUGCUCGUUAGCGUGACCGAGUGAUGGUGAGCGUGCAUGACGUUGUUUCCGGGUGCAGACGAAAUCGGCGUGUUUAAUUUUUUAUUUUAUUUUUUUGUACGUGUGUUCAAUUCGCACCAGCAGAAGAUUGUCCUUCCCCCCCGACAUCCCUCAAGAGUCAAAUUGUAAAGAGGAUUUUAAUCAUCCAAAGCCCCUGUACGGACCUCGAUCUAACCAUCUGUGGAACAAAGAAUACUUGAGAGCCAUUUUGUAAUAAAUUUGUUGUUUUUUUUUUUUUUUUUUUAAAUCCGGGGCUUUAAUUCCUCCUUCCCUCCUUCUUUUUACCAUUCAAACGGCACUGAUGGAUUCAGAAACAGCUCAGAGAUAGAGGUCAUUUAGAAGGUAAAGCCCACAGACUGCCUUCCCGUUCAUACAGUUGCACACAAACCUUCAGUAUGUUCGAUAAACCCUCCACCUUCCCUCCACUCGCUGCUCUCUUGCACGUCCGGCGUAAAUCGACAGCAGGAUCUCUGCCUCUAUGCACCCCCAACGCAGCGAAUAAAAGUCUAAAAACAGAAAAAGGAAAUAACGGAAUCUAAAUCGGCGUUACGGAAACCAACUUUCAGAGCUUUCUUCCUCCCCCUUUUUUCAGGGUAUGUAAUGACUAUUUGCUACAGUAAAGUGUUUAAAAAUAAAAAACAACAGUGCUUUUUCUGUCUGUUUUUAUCUUUUGUUACUUUUGUUCACAUUUUAUCUUUUAUUUUAUUUUUCUUUUCGGUUGAUAUUUCCUUGUAUGAUCAUAUUAAAAUAUAACCAGACAUUCGGAGUCCUAAUUAUUAUUAUUAUUAUUUUGUUAAUCUUUAAUAACCCCUCUUUAUCCUUUCCUUUUUUUGUUCUUUUUUUGUGUUUAUAUCUCACCACUGCUUUCACAACUAAACUUAUAUGCACAGUAACACAAGAGGCCGGCCGACAGGAAGCGUGUUACCUUCAAUCAAAUCAGGUUCGAACUAUCCACCCCUCGCCUUUAACGAGUGCUCCUCCUCCAUGUGUUGAACUUUUAUCUUCUCGGUGUGUUAUUUUUUUUCUUUUUCUUCUUUUCUCCUGGACCACAGAACCUCUUCCACGCCACACAUCAUUUCAGAAGACCCGAGAGAAAACAAAAAAAAAAAAAACCUGCUGGUGGCAACAACAACAAAAAAACAACAAAAAAAUGUCUGUAUGCAACCUGGUGUCUGUUCUGUUUACCGAAGGAGUCGUUUCUGAUUUAAUGUCUUAUUCUCAGCGGUGGUGGUGGCGGCGGGUCGGGACCGGGGGGGAAUAUAAGGGCUUACUGUAGCAUCGCUAAGUUCUUUGGGUUCGGGAGGGGAAAAAACAAACAGAAAAAAACGAAGGGAGAUGUGUUGGGGAGGGGAGUUUUUGCGUUCAGUGUGUUAUUUACAUUAAAAAAGUGAUUGUACUGUUUUGUAUUGUUGUGUAGGAAAAGUGUUAUGUAUGCAUAUUUUCAAUAAAGCAUUCAGGGUUUUGGAAAUAAAAAAAACAAAACAAACAGAAAACAAAGCAGGAGUUUGGUGGAGCUCCCAGUGCAGCCGUCCGCCCUGAAUCACUGACUUGCAUGUGUGGAGGCCUCCAGGACCGUUUCUGUUUCUAAAUGUCUGGGAAGCGAUGUGGAGGGCUAGAGCACCUGGGAGGAGGCCGUCUCUGAUGCCAACGUUAGCAGUAAUAAGAACAAUUGCCAAUAAAGUCGACUUAUUUUAAGUAA